CAUAUAAAUCAACAUGUCAAUUGUCAUUGCAGUUUGUCUAAUUCAAAUUUAUAUUUUGUUAUAAUGAGUUUAUUACUUUCAUAAUAUUAUAGAAAAAUGUGUGAAGUUGAAUUAAAAACAUUAUUGCUGGGCUUAAAAUCAGCAGACAAGGAAAAAAUUUAUUGCAUUCUUUUGAAAAUUCGUAAUUCCAUAACCACGGAUGCCAAAGGAAUUCAACAAUUUUACAAGGCAGGGGGGCUCAAAUUGUUGGUAGAUUUGUUAAAAUAUCCCAAUCAGAAAAAUUUAGAUCUGACUUUGAGUAUUUUGGGAAAUUGCUGCAUUCAAGAAAAUUGCUCUUUGGCGGUUGGCGGAUUGAAAGUUUCAGAAUUGCUUGUGAAUAUUAUUAAAAAUAUUGCUUCAGAUAGUAUAUUAUGCAGAGCUUGUCGACUCAUUGCAAAUCUUUCAACGCAAAAAGAAAAUGCAGAAUACUUUCAUUCAGCUGGUGUGGUUUGGGCUCUUGUUGGCAUCCUUCAAAACUACGUUGAAAUUAUAGAACAGCCUAAAGAAAGCACGGCGACUAUUGCAAUGGCCAUUCGAGCCUUAGGGAUAUUAUGGACUCAUGAAAAUUGUAGAGAUGAUAUAAUUUCAGUCGGUACAAUUAAAUUUAUUGUCUCAAUACUAGCAUAUCAUGAAAUCCAAAAGAAUUCUGCAAUAUUGGGAUUUGCACAUGUUAUACUUAAAACGCUGGUGACAAUGACGACUUUGAGCAGGAGAGACAACAAUUCUACUGUGAGUGAUUACCUUGCAAGUCAGAUAUGUUCAGAAAAAGGAAUAAUAGAUGUAAUAACGGGCAUAAUUAACAAAAACUAUGAAAAUACUGAUCACAAGGAAAGCAAACAAAUUAAACUCAAUAGCAAAUUAGCACUAACAUUGCUGUAUAAUCUGUGUCAUCUAGAUCAGUGUCGUGAUAUGUUAGGCAAAAGUACUGCAUUAACAACAUUAAUAAAUAAGGUGGACUCUGAAGAAGGUUUCAAUGGCCUUAUAUUACUUUGUCGUGAUAUAAAAGUGCAUGCUAAAGCAAGAACAUCUGGAGCUUUGAGAGUAUUAUUAAAGUCUGUUGAUAAAUCAGGAAUUAUAUCUACAUCUAAGAGAAAAAUAUCACUGGUUUUGGAUGUACUGAGUCAAUAUAUUUUAGAUAAAAACAUCAUUUUUGAUUUAGUUGAAGAUGGAUUGAUUACGGUUCUUAUUACAGUUAUGAACUGUUAUUUAAAAAAAGUGAAUUGUUUGGAUAAAUCAAUCAAAAACUGUAAACAUACAUGUAGUAGUCACCCAAAAUGUAAUGCAGAUUCAAAAUCGGGUGCAUGUUCUGAAAAAUCCAAAGUUAAACGAAAUCAUCAAACAAAAUGUGAUACUGCUGUAAAGAGACUAUUGAUGGAUGGAGAUAAUGCUCAGUUUACUUAUUAUUUAUCGUCAAUUCCUUCAUCACCAUGCAAUAGUAGUAAAGCCCUGUGGAGUCCACAAAGUGAUAGCACAGGUUACGCAAGCAUGGAUGCAACACCUCCAAGAAGAGAUUCAUUGACAGAUGAUGAUUUUGAGAGUUAUUCUCCUGUGUGCAGCGAUAAUGAAGGGGAGGCCGACUUUACAAAGGACGAGGGGUUAGAUGUAGAUGAUUAUUGUCCUUCAGAUGUAAAUAAAGUUACUGUUAUUGAUGAAAUGUAUGAUCAAGAUGAGUGUAAUUCUACAAUCAAUCAAGAUGAUGAAACAUUAAAUGAUUUUGAAACCAAAGAGGAUUGUAAUCGUGACAUUCUUACAUGUGUAAGGCUGCUACAGCAAAUAACUUUCUACGGUUGCAUUAUACCGCAAUUAGCACAAGCAGAAACCAUAAUAUCUCUACUAAAAUUUUUAAUUGAAUCAACACAAGGCAUAAAAUAUGUUAUAUAUGCAGUGAAUGAAAUAUUAGGACGAGUAGAGUAUCUUAAAACUCUUUUGAAGACUGAUUUAGUAUUAGAGAUGUACAAUAUUAUUAAUGCUAAUGUACCUGAGUGUAGUCAAUGCAUUAAAAUAAAGGACAGGAUAAUUAAAUUACGUAACAAAUUACAAAUUACUGCUGAAUCCGCAUGUGGCGUUGGAGAAAUAGAGAAUAUCCUUUGUCUAGGAACUAUGGAUUUGCGAAGAAAAUACAUACUGAAUAUUUCUCUAUUAAUUGACUCUGCUAUUAUUCUGAGAAAAAUUUUAUUUAAGUUUGGCGCCUUAGAAAUUUUAUUAAAUUUACUUGAUGAUCCUAUACACAAAAAAAGGGCUUUGUUAGCAUUCAUAAAUUAUGCAAAAAUACUUAAAAGAAAAUCUGAAUCAAAAGUAUAUUUUAAAAAUAUUCCAUCGAAGGAUCUUUCAAUACCAGCAGAUUCUAAAGAUAAAAUUACAUUUAUUUUGAAUGGUGGGAUUGAAGUAUAUGUAGACAGAAAGAUAUUGAUAGACAAAUCAGAAGUUUUUGAAGUAAUGCUUAAUAGCGAUUUUUUAGAAAAUAGAGGAAUUAUACAUCUAGAUAAUGUAGAAGAAGAUUCGAUGAAGUACUUUUUUAAACUUCUAUAUUUGGAUUUAGAAAGUGAUGAUAUUAACCCUCCACUGCCAGCAACAAUGAAGUCGGCCGCGGAAGCUCUUAUGUUAACUGACAAAUAUUUACUUGAAGAUUUGAAUUCAUUUGUGUGUAAAGUUAUUGUGCAAUUUCUUUUAAAAUCCAAUAGUGUGCAUGAAUUAUAUGAACAGAGUAUUUUAUUAAAAACAGAAAAUUUGAAGCAUGAAUGUAUUGCCUAUAUAUUAAAUAAUUCAGAGGCAAAUCGACAAAUAUGUGAUUUGGUGAAUUCAGAUAAUGAUGACCAAUUAGUUAAUAUGUUGGUGUCUGAUAUUGAAGAGCUAUUUAGGCAAGAACUACAUUCUUAUGAAAACGUAAUAUGA